AUGAGUAGUUUGUGCGAGAAGUUCAGUUUUAAGCAACAUAAGUCUUCAAUGUACAAUGCACCUGCCAAUGGUCUUGCUGAAGUUUUUAACAAGACACUUGGUAACCUGUUGAAGAAAGUAUUUUCAAAGAAUAAAAGAGACUGGCAUGAGAGAACUGGUGAAGCUUUGUGGUCCUAUCCAAUUCAAGUGGGACUUACAACUGAAAGUAACGCUCAACUUCGUCUAGCAGAGUUGGAAACAUUGGAUGAGAAGAGAUUAGAAGCACAACAAAGGUUGGAGAUUUAUCAAGCUCGACUUGCGUGA